AUGAAAGACCAAGGUGAACUGAAAUUCUUUCUUGGCAUUGAGUUUGCGAGGUCACAACAAGGCAAUCUAAUGCACCAAAGGAAGUAUACCAUGGAACUAAUCUCUGAGCUUGGACUGGCAGCUGCAAAACCAGCUGUUACACCUAUUGAAGCCAACACUAAACUAACCACUAAGGACUAUGAUGAACAUAUAGUGUCCUGGAAGUCUAAGAAGCAGAGCACUAUCUCUAGGAGUUCUGAAGAAUCAGAAUACAGAAGCAUUGCAUCGACUGUGGCAGAAGUAGUUUGGAUACUUGGAUUGUUUAAAGAUAUUGGAGUGCAAGUUGCUCUUUCUAUGACCAUUCACACUGGUAAUAGGGCAGCAAUCCAGAUAGCUGCAAAUCCAGUAUUUCAUGAACAUACCAAACACACUGAGAUCGAUUGUCACUUUAUAAGGGAAAAGAUACAAAAGGGGCUGGUGAAGAUAGAGUAUGUUGCCACAAAAGAACAACUUGCAAAUGUUUUAACGAAAGGCUUAACUAGAGUGAAACAUGAGUACUUGAUGUCCAAUCUAGGUGUUCUUAAUGUUUUUGUAUCACCUAGCUUGAGGGGGAGUGUUGAGGAAAGAGGAGUGACUUAA